AUGGAUGAGUCUCCAGUAAAAAAUAAGCAAACCUCCAGAGUGAUAGAUUCACUUCACGGCGAAAUUGAUGACUUAAAAACGGAGCUAGAGAACGUCAAACAGACUUCUGAAGACUACAAGAAAAAAUGUGCGAUUUUGGCCAAGAAAAAUGACCUGUUUGUCGACCAGUUGGCCAAUGCAAAACAUGAAAAUGACAUGAUCAAUGCACUUUUGAAGCGAAAAGAACGUAGAAUCAAUGAUCUUGAAAGCCAAUAUAACGAUCUUAGCUCCAACAAUGAAUCGCUUCAGUUGACCACGAAAAACUUGAAAAUUCGAUGCGAAAAUCUCCAAGAAUCGUCAGCCUCUUCAACCGCAGAAUAUGAACGGUUGAAAAUUGCAUAUGAUGCACUUAUAGCGUCCCAAGUGGAGUAUAAGAAGCAUUACCAGCAGGAGAUCACAUCGCUCGUGUCUCAAUUCGAAGCUUACAAGGCUGAUACCAAAGAUCAUUACACUACGUUGUCGUCGACUUUAGAGAAGAACGACAAAGACAUCGAUGCCCUCCUUGACGGUCUUGCUAACAAGCGUAAGACUAUGGACAACUUAUACGUAUCCAAGAACAAAACUGUCAUUGAGCAUUUGCGUCGGUUGGCAGUGGUGGCCAAGGUGCACGGCGAGGACUCGAAACAACUUUUGCUGGAAAAUACUGACACCAUCCAAAAGCUCAUAAGCAAGUACCCUGACUUGCAACUCAGGCUCAACGAACACGAAGACUGUCAGGUGAACCUUGAGGAGUUAUUGGGAGAAACGACCGAAACAGCUGCUAAUAUUUCAUUUGAGGACGACUCUGCAGAUUCCUCAAAACCUUCGGUAACUCGAACCAACACUAUGACCAAAAGGAAGAGAAAUAAUCGAAAUUCAAUCAGAUUUGAACACAAAAAUACCAGCUCAGACUUUGAGAGUCUAGAUGUACAGCUUCAAGCGCAAAAGCCGGCACACAAACCAACACCGCUUCAACAAUCAAGUCGUAUAAAUUCGAACACUCCACGCUCGAGAAAUCCAACUCCUCCAUAUGGAGGGACUCUGGACACCGAGAACAAACUCACACGCCAAAACUCAACCAAGUCCACCGGCAAGAAUAAUAAGGGAAAGAGAAGAUCCAUGUAUGGGGCACCUAGAAAGAGCAGUAGUCGACAAGCAUCCGAUAAUCUAAGUGAGCAAUCGUUUAAUGCUUAG